UACUAAUAUCAAGCGUUUCUCCUCCACACGACUCUAAUACUCUUUUACACACAGAAUCCUCGACAUCAUGGAAGAUCCCCAGGCUCUAAUCCAGCAGGCCGAGAAGCUCGUAUCAAAGGGCAGCGGUGGCUGGAGCUUCCUGGGCGGCUCGGACGACAAAUUCUGGGAUGCUGCUCGAUUAUUCAAGGAGGCAGCUCAGGCAUACGAGCGACAGGGCCAAAAUAUCGAGGCCGGCAAGACAUACGAACGAGCCGCCGCCGUACGAGAGAAGAGCCUCAAGGAACUGGGCGACGCUGCCGACAGCUACGUCGAGGCCUCCGACGCCUACCGAAGAGAUGAUCCCGAGGCGGCGAUCCGAUGCCGAGAACGAGCCUUUGCUCUGAUCCAGCAGUCGACCAGCGAGAGCAAGCAGACGAGGCUGUCUAGAGUCAAGGAGAUCCUUGGUCAGAUUUAUGAGCAUGACCUGAAGGAUCUGAAGAGGGCGCGCGAGGCCUACAAGGAGGCUGCUGAGCGGCUACCGAAGGCGAGAGAACUGAAUGCCAACAAGCUAUUCACCCAAUACGCCGAUCUCGCCGCCCUCGACGAGGACUACUACGUCGCCAUCGAAACCUACGACCGCAUCAUCAACUCCAUGAUUGGCAACCAGACCAUGAAAUGGAGUCUCUCCACCUACUGCUUCAAGGCCGGCGUCUGCCACCUCGCCACCGGCGACCUGGUCGGCACCCGCCGCGCCGUCGAGAGCUACCGCCAAAAGGACGCCGAGUUCUCCUCCCAGUACAAGUACAAGCUGGUUGAGGACCUGUGCGGCGCCGUCGAGGCCCACGACCAGGAUCAGUUUGGCGAGCUCCUGUUCCAGUUUGAUCGCACGAGCAGGUUGGAGCCGUGGAUGACGGCCAUCCUGGUCAAGGUGAAGAAUUCCAUUGAGGCCCCUGAUGAUGAGUUUGCGUAAAGGGAAUGGAGAGGGAAAGAAAUGAUGUAAAUUGAAAAUUCCGGAGAAGAAAGAACAGAAAGAUGUGUAGCGUUCAAGAAGAGAAAUCACUAAGCAGACGAGGGUUUUGGUUUCAUGGGCAGCUCGUCUGGUUUCGACUAAUCAGGAUGUACACGUGUUGUUUAUUUAUUUGUUUGUUCCUUUCUUGGUUCGUCAUUAGGUAUAUAUAUACUCAAGGCAAUCAGCCAC